AUGUCCUCAGAAAGCCGUAGGAGCACCGCUGACACAAACGAACAUGAGCGAGAGCAGUGGUUCCAUGGAUUCCUUCCUCGUGAGGACAUCAACAGGCUACUUACCGAAGAUGGGCAAUUUCUCGUACGUGUAACGGAGCCACAGCCCGGAAUGGGUUUGAAAACAGUGCUUUCAUCACGAUGGCAUGGCAAAAACCAUCAUUUUGUUAUCAUCGAACAUAAUGGAAAAGUGCUGAUUGAGGGGAUGGAGUUUUUAAGUAUUCUACAAAUGGUUCAAUACUAUAUACGCGAGCAGAAACCUUUGACGCAGUCAACAGGGGCGCUUUUGAUUAUGCCCAUUCCAAGGCAAAGAUGGGAGCUUCGACAUGAAUCGAUUGCUCUUGGUCAUCUCCUCGCAGAGGGUGCUUUUGGAGGUGUUUACGCUGGAGUUCUGACUAUAGGACUUAAAAAGUACCCAGUGGCAGUGAAGGUAAAUAAAGGAAACAAACUAACGAAACAAGCUGUGAAAGAAAUCUGUAAGGAAGCCAGGAUAAUGCGACGAUAUCGGCACCCUAAUGUUGUCAAGUUUUACGGUGUUGCAGCUGAACGUGAGCCUUUAAUGCUUGUCAUGGAGCUCGUCGAUGGCGGUGCUCUUGAUGUGUAUCUGCAGAAGACGAAAUCAGAUACGACCAUAGUUGAAAGAAUCCGGUUCGCAUUUGGUGCUGCGAAAGGUCUUGAAUAUCUACACAAGAACGAAUGCAUUCAUAGAGACGUAGCGGCAAGGAAUUGUCUUGUAAACAACGGAGAUGUGAAACUAGGCGACUUUGGUUUGUCCAGAGAAUUGUCUAAUCGAGUCAAGAAGUACACAAUCAAAGAUGAAAACCAGCGUCUGCCUGUUCGAUGGCUUGCACCUGAAGUGUUAUCUUCGGCUACAUACUCGACAAAAAGCGAUGUCUUUUCCUAUGGUAUAUUACUAUGGGAGAUUUUCAGCGAUGCAGCGAUGCCGUAUGGGGAUAUGACAUUAGCUGAAGUGAUAGCGCAGGUACAAGCAGGGCAUCGAUUAUCUGCACCUGAUACAAUGCCGAAGUUCUUGCGUUCAAUUAUGAAGGAACACUGCUUUCCGGCUUCCCCUGAAGAUCGCUCUACUAUGGAAGAGAUCCGUUCUAUUAUUGAGGAUCUGAUGGAGAAAAGGGUAUCAUCGCGCUAUGAAGAGAAGAACUGAUUCUGUUACAUUACAGCAAAAAAAAACUAACG